ACCGGGCGCCCGGGCCCUCCCCAUUGACGAGCUGCAGCUAAUCCAUCGCAUUUCCCUGUAAAUAGCUUUGUGCAUGAGAAAAGGCCCGCGGCCCCUCCUCUGCGCCCUGCGCCCUGCGCGGACACGCCGGGACGCAGGAGCGGUUUUGUCACAAGGCCAUUAUAAGGUUGUGUAGCAUUAGCCCUUGUUCGGCUACUCCCACUCCCAAUACACCCAUUCAUAUUCAUGCCCGUCCUGCGAGCAGAGGAUUUAUUUAUUUUAAGGUUCGAUACAAGGAAAAAAUGGAUGUGAGCUGCACCGUCUAACCUGUUUCCCGUAUAAUAGUCGGAGAUGUCUCCGUGACCCGCCGUGGAACCUUCCACUGGCCCCUGGCAGCGCCACUACAAACACCCCGCAUCCACGGCCCAGGUAUCUCCGCGCGGCGUGUGCUUCAGGUCCGCUCGGAGGCUACAGCUACGAGCGCGUAACCAUAACAACUGCGCUGUGAUUGGCUCCGCUGGCACGGGAAUUAACAAGGGCGUCAUCCAAUCUGAGCGCAGGAUGCGCGUGGAGCUGGCAAAACCUCGUGAUAACCCAGGCACUGUGAUGCGAAAGUGGCGACGUGAGGUGAGCCCGAAGGAAAUUACUGGACCCAAAACAAAGCAUGAGCAAGAGGGGGUGAAUGAUUAGAAAUAAAGCCGCUAGAAUAAUGAUCUUUUAACUGCGCGGCCGUGAGAGAAGAUGCCCGGUUUGUCCAUUACGCAGAACAUCAGCUGGCGCAGCUGAAAUUUUCUCCUCCUCUCCUCUGGAUUUGUGGAUUGUGACAAGUAGCAGGAGCGCAGCCCGACCGGGACCAGGACUAUAGCGAUCCCCCCGCGGACUGUCACUCCGCCGCCUUUCAGCGAGAGGGGACCUCCAGUUUCCGUCUGACAGCUCACCCUCCCCGGAGCCAAGACGUUGUUCCGCGUAGACCCGGGUUGCCCAGGUCCGAGCAGCGCAGUCCGUGCGGGAAGGUCGGCACUCGGCGUCCUGCAGGCCGGCGACAUGAUGGUCCACUGUGCCGGGUGCGAACGGCCCAUCCUGGACCGGUUCCUCCUCAACGUGCUGGACCGAGCCUGGCACGCCAAGUGCGUCCAGUGCUGCGAAUGCAACUGCAACCUGACCGAGAAGUGUUUCUCCAGGGACGGGAAGCUCUAUUGCAAAAUGGACUUUUUCAGGCGCUUUGGCACAAAAUGCGCAGGCUGCUUGCAGGGAAUCUCACCGAACGACCUGGUCCGCAAAGCCCGCAGCAAGGUCUUUCACCUGAACUGCUUCACCUGCAUGGUGUGUAACAAGCAGCUGUCCACGGGAGAGGAACUGUACGUGAUAGACGAAAACAAGUUUGUGUGCAAAGAAGAUUAUUUGAGCUCCGGGGCCAUUAAGGAGGUCAACCUGAACUCAGUGUCGUCGUGUACAGAUAGGAGUUUAUCGCCGGAUCUGCAGGACCCAAUGCAGGACGACAUAAAGGAGACGGACAAUUCAACGUCCUCAGAUAAGGAAACGAACAAUAUUGAGAAUGAGGAGCAGAACUCCGGGACCAAGCGGCGGGGGCCCCGCACCACCAUCAAGGCCAAGCAGCUGGAAACGUUAAAGGCGGCGUUUGUCGCCACGCCGAAGCCGACCCGGCACAUCCGGGAACAGCUGGCGCAGGAGACGGGACUAAACAUGCGCGUCAUCCAGGUUUGGUUCCAGAACAGAAGAUCCAAAGAGCGGCGAAUGAAGCAGCUGAGCGCUCUGGGGGCCCGGAGACACGCCUUCUUCAGGGGCCCGAGGAGGAUGAGGCCUUUAGGGGGCCGGCUGGAGGACCCCGACAUCCUGGGACCCGGGGCCUACGGCUACUACGGAGAAUACCAAGGAGACUAUUACGGACCGGGGAGCAACUACGACUUCUUCCCCCACGGCCCCCCGUCCUCGCAGGCCCAGUCCCCGGCCGAGUCCCCCUACAUCCUGGGCUCGGGCCCCGGAGCCAUGGAGGGCUCGGGCCACCACCCGUCAGACGACCAAAGGUUCACGGACAUGAUCUCCCACGCGGAAACCCCGAGUCCGGAGCCGGGCUUGCCCAGCUCCCUGCAGCCCGUCCCGGGGGAGGCGUACGGGGGCGGACCCAGUCCCCCGUUCUCUCUGGCCAGUAACUCCAGCUACAGCGCGCCCAUGUCCCACCAAGGCCAGGAGAUGGGGGAGGCCACGGCCUGGUAGAGGACAACAACAACAACAAAAAAAAAAAAAACGCAGGGACCAUAUAUCUGGGGCUGAGCUGCAGCCCGGCUCAAUUCAGGAGACGAUUCAACCACAAAAACAAAAGAAUUUCUACACGGGACUUUUUCAAAACCUCGCUCCGAUUUUGACGAGAAGCAAGAACGGGGACGGGAAAAAGUCAGAGACACACUCCAAAGCAGAUCCCGGAUUUAAAAAAACGACAACAAAAAUAAUAAUAAGAACAAGCGAUUCCACUUCUCCUCCUUCGCCCCCUCCCUCCCUCUCGUUGUUAACGAAGGUAUCGUCUCAUUCUCGUUAGAGACACGUUAGAGAGAAACGCCAAAGGGGACAUGUUUGUUCAUUUCUCACCACCUUCUUCUUUUUUUUUUUAUUUUAUUUUUUAUUUUUUUAAUUGUGUUGCUCCGUUCACAGCUAAGUCGACUCCUCUGGGUAAAACAGAGACAAGGGUUUUUUUUGUUUUUUGUUUUU